AUGGGGCUUGAGACGGAAGGCGCCUACCUGGUGCUACGCCCACUAGUCCUCUGGCUCUCACGCCCGCCGCCCGUCGCCCCACGCACGACCACCGUCUUAUUCAGCGGACACGUCUCGCCACGCUCACCAUACAACUGCCAGGCACUUCGAGUUAGUUCGCCCAUAAAGAUCAAUAUUGUAGGCCCUGAGGGCCGUUGCGCGACAGUUCGACCCCCCUUAAGAGUGGCACACCUCGACCCCCGCAGCGUGGUACACCUCGACCCCCGCAGCGUGGCACACCCCGACCCCCGCAGCGUGGCACACCUCGACCCCCGCAGCGUGGCACACCUCGACCCCCGCAGCGUGGCACACCCCGACCCCUGCAGCGUGGCACACCCCGACCCCUGCAGCGUGGCACACCCCGACCCCCGCAGCGUGGCACACCUCGACCCCCGCAGCGUGGCACACCUCGACCCCCGCAGCGUGGCACACCUCGACCCCCGCAGCGUGGCACACCUCGACCCCCGCAGCGUGGCACACCUCGACCCCCGCAGCGUGGCACACCCCGACCCCCGCAGCGUGGCACACCUCGACCCCCGCAGCGUGGCACACCUCGACCCCCGCAGCGUGGCACACCUCGACCCCCGCAGCGUGGCACACCUCGACCCCCGCAGCGUGGCACACCCCGACCCCCGCAGCGUGGCACACCUCGACCCCCGCAGCGUGGCACACCCCGACCCCCGCAGCGUGGCACAUCCCGACCCCCGCAGCGUGGCACACCCCGACCCCCGCAGCGUGGCACACCUCGACCCCCGCAGCGUGGCACACCUCGACCCCCGCAGCGUGGCACACCUCGACCCCCGCAGCGUGGCACACCCCGACCCCCGCAGCGUGGCACACCUCGACCCCCGCAGCGUGGCACACCUCGACCCCCGCAGCGUGGCACACCUCGACCCCCGCAGCGUGGCACACCCCGACCCCCGCAGCGUGGCACACCCCGACCCCCGCAGCGUGGCACACCCCGACCCCCGCAGCGUGGCACUCUGCCCCCACUUAUGCACGACACAGGUUCUAGUGACCACCGAGAACAACAAUAAUACACGUGACAAUCAGAUCUUCCAGCUCAAUUGUUCUCUGGCAGGAAGAGAACUUGUUUUUUAA